AUGCUGGGGUGGGUGGAGCCAGGGCCACUUCCUUUCCCCUUGGGGCCCCUCCACCAGUCUUGCCUCAGCUUCAGGAGUUGGAGCAGCCUGGUCCCAGCCCUGUGCCCUUAUCCACUGAGCUGGUCCCAACUCCUGCUCAUGCCUGUUGCUUUGGAAAUGAUCCUGCUUCUCCUCCUCUGUGGGAGCGUCUGGGCCCAAAACAUGAGCUCAGAGUCUCUGGAUGGCCCAGUUACUUUGCAGAGGUUGGAACCCACAGCGUCCUCUGUUUCUUUGGUCUCAAAUAUCUAUGAGACCACAAAAUUCAACUCAAUGACAUCUAAUUUUGCAACAACCGAGGUCCCUAAGACAGAUGACAGCACUGAGCACAAGAUCUUCCCGCCUUCCUCAACUCCCUAUACAGCCAAUGAGGCUUCCUCUCCUGGGACUUCCAUUGCUGCCAGCAGGGGCCCUCCUGUAAAUGAGUCAAUAAUCUCCCAGAAAGAUUCGGCCAAAAAAUUAUCAAUGCCCCUGGAAAUCUCUAAUGCAACCAGUAUACCUGCUGUCCCAGUAAUGAAAUCUACAGGAUUCCACACUACGACUGGUGAAACCAUGGCAACUAGCCCUCUGGAGACCUCCAGUGGGAGCAGUGGACCCCCUGUCACCACAGCAACUAGCUCUCUGGAGACCUCUGAUGGGACCAGUGGACCCCCUGUCACCAUUGCAAUUAGCUCUCUGAAGACCUCCAAUGUGACCAGCAGACCCCCUGUCAUCAUGGAAACUAGCUCUCUAAAGACCUCCAAGGAGACCAGUGGACUUCCUGUCACCAUGGCAACUACCUCUCUGAAGACCCCCAGGGGGACCAGUGGCUCCCCCAUCUUUGGUGUAAAAAUAUCCAGCCCAACGUCCUCCACAAACAUAAGCAGUAGGUCCUCCCCAAAUUCAGGUUGGGGGACAAAUGGCACCUUGCUGGUAGCUGUGCUUGUGGCCCUGCUGGUGGUCACUGCCCUCGUGGCACUACUCCUGCUGUGGCGCCAGCGGCAGAAGCGGAAGACAGGAGUACUGACACUAAGCAGGAGUGGAAAACACAACGGGGUGGCAAAUGCCUGGGCUGGGGUAGCCCAGGUGUCUCAUGAGGAGGCCACGACAAUAACAGAGGGAGCGUCUGGGGGUAACAAUGACUCUGGGGUCCCCCAGGGGGAGGGGUCUGGCCAGCGGCCCACACUUACCACUUUCUUUGGUAGACGGAAGUCUCGCCAGGGCUCCGUGGCGCUGGAGGAGCUAAAGCCUGGGCCAGCCCCCAGCCUAAAGGGCGAGGAAGAGCCACUGGUGGGCAGCAAGGAUGAGGCAGUGGAGACCUCUGCUUCUGAUGGACCAGAAGAGAGAGAUGUGGAGGCCCCUUAA